AUGGAUUCAUCUAAACAUGCCUUUAUCUGCAACGACACCGGUGAUGAUAACAUUAGCGGUGCGUCGUGCCAGGAGCCCCCUCCGUGGUCGGUGAGCAUGGUAGACCUCGUACUGGGAAUCGUGUUCUGUAUUAUCACACUCGCCGCGAUCGUCGGUAACGUAUUUGUCAUUGUUGCAGUAUUCAAAUAUCGACGCCUUCGUACUAUGACAAAUUUAUUCAUAUUGAAUCUAGCUUUUGCAGACGAAUUGGUCGGUUCGCUCAUCAUGACGACCACGCUGAGUUACCAUUUUGCCGGAAAGUGGCAUUUCGGCAAUUUUUAUUGUCACUUUUGGCUAGCAAUAGACAUAGUCGGGUGUACGUCCUCUAUCAACCAUUUGUGUUGCAUAGCUAUCGACAGGUACGUGGCAAUUAACUUUCCCUUCACUUACGAUGCCAAGAUGUCAGCCAAUAAACUAGCAUGUAUUUCUACAAUCGUGUGGAUCAUGUCGGCUCUCAUCGGAUUUAUUCCGAUAUUUCUCGGUUGGUAUACGCGUCCUGGGUUCCAACAACCGCCUAUGGAAUGCCUGGUCAAUUUCAACACAGCAUUUUCUAUAUCGUCUUCGCUGAUUUCGUUUUAUAUCCCACUACUCAUCAUGAGUAUUGUUUACUGGCAAAUAUAUAAGACAGCUAGUUUCCACCACAAGCAAAUUAGUAAGACAAACAAGAUCACCGGCAGUCCAUCGGCAACGGAGAAACUGAACGCGGGGGCUCGCUCACCACAGAGUCGGAAGAAACAGAAACGCGCCAACGCAGUGAAGGAACACGGCAAAGCCGCCAAGACCCUUGGCGUUAUAAUGGGGUGCUUCGUUGCGUGCUGGUUACCAUUUUUUGUAAUGAAUAUAGUAAGUCCGCUCUGUGGGGACUGUGUUCCUGCCAUGAUUUCAAUAAUUUUUACGUGGUUGGGUUACGCCAAUUCUGCGGUGAAUCCUUUCCUUUACGGAUGCCUCAACAAGGAGUUCAAACAUGCUUUUAAGGACUUACUUAGUGGUAUUCGUACUUGUGGAGGAAAAUACGAAUCGCAUUUUAGGAAAACAAUGGGAUCGUCUUUAGACUACGCUGGUGGAAAUAAUGCCGUUAUGUCAAGACUUUAA